AUGCAAAACGCUGCUGUGCCGAUCAAAUGCGAGAGUAAAGAGUUCGGAAUCGCCGGUGGUGCCGUCGUUUCGUCGUCGACGUCGUCGUCGUCGUCGCCGGCGUCGCACCGGCCGGGGAACAUGUGCCCGCCGCCGCCGCCGCCCCCGCCGAAGAUUAAAAUCGUCGAUAUCAAGCUGGAGGAGCCGACCAGCUCCAUACCGGAUCUAGGUAUCCCGAAUGUUCGUGGUUCGCGCAUGCCAACUGGCAAAAUCAAUGUAGCCUGCACUUGGCCUUCAAAUUUCGCGGGGCAAAGACACGUGGUGCUGAGGAUUUUAACCCCGAUUUUCCCAGGCGAAUGA